UGGCAUUCUUAACUGAGCCGAUCGGCAAUGACUCGCAUUCAUGAAUUCGAAGAUCUUCCCUAUGAUGGCUUUUUUACCUGUUAAUCCUCCCUUGAUGAGCUCCAUUAGAAACCUCUGCCACAUCAUCUAUUCUGGGCCUCGAUUCCGAGGGUCGAAAAGGCUCCGGCUGCCCGUUUCCGCAGCUUGCGGUCUAGGCCGAAAGCAUCACUUGUCGUCGGCAACCAUGUCAAAGACGGUGACAGCGUCAGGGUCCGCGUCCCAACCGCCGCCACUAGUGUCAUUCUUUGAGCACCCCAACGGAAGUAAAGACUUUCGAGGUCGAACUUUGUCUUCCAUACUUAAGUGGUCGGAUGCCGAUUUAGAAUAUUCUCAUGAUUAUAUUCAGUCGGUCUUUCCCUUGCCUGAGAUUUCACCGGUGAAUCCACAGGCGCCAGCCGUUGACCAUCCCACAUUUGAGGCCUUUCACGCUCGUUUAGAGCUACGUGAGCGGUUACGCGAAGCUUUUGAGCGCAUUUUGCUCUUUUAUGGCCUGAAGCUUGAAACGCGUCAGGCGUCGCCUCCCCCUUCUUUUACGAACGAGAACAGUGAAAAUAUAAAUCACGCCUCGUCUCCAUCUCAGACUGACCGCAAAGGCCACAACAAUUGCAGCAAUCCGGAAAUUUUCAGAAUUGUACCUGCCCCGAAUUUCUCUUCUGCUUCGAGAUCUUGGGUUCGCCCGUUUGGUCACAACCAUUUACGCAUUACAAGGAUAAUUCGUUCGUUGAGAAUCUUGGGUUUGGAGCCUGAAGCCGAAGCUUUCUUUGCGGCAUUGAAGUCGGUAUACAGCUCCGGCAAGGGAAAUAUUAGUUCUAGGUCUUUCACGUUUUGGACCCGUUCAGCGAAGAGACCUUUAAAUAUUCCACCGGAAGACAACUCCAAGAAUGGAUGGGGAAAUAAGGGAAAAGUCUUCUUGCGCGAGUUUGAGCAGCGGCGCCGCCAGUCCUAGAGUGUCAGGUCUCAAGUUGAGGGUGACACGAAAAAGAAUAACAGGAUUUCCCCAAGGAAAACUCAAGGCUCCGGGCUCACCAAAGCGGCCUGGGAAUAUGCGUCGGUCAUGCUCGGUCACCGUUGCUCGAAAACUAAAAGCUUUACGCAUUCAGAGGGAGUCAAAGGCGUUUGAAGCUCAGCUGCGAAAAUUACGGCUAUAGGCGUCUACGUAUGAUAUGUUUUGAUUGUUUUCCGGGAGGCGUUCUAUAUCCAUUGGCACACAAAAUCAUCAAUACCAACUUGGAUAAAUUAAUAGUAAUAAUAAUCUCAAAUUGACUCAAAUAGUCCGAUGGAUGUUCAUUGAGGGCCAUUAGCAUCAAGUCAGUUAUUUCACGAAGCAUUUAUGUGAUUUCACCAUUGUUUUGGAUUGAGCCGAAUGGGGGUAAUCGCGAUUUCAUCAAAAAAUUUCUCUACGGCUAUUGCAGC